AUGGCUAAGAAGUUUUGUGCCGGUCCGAGGCACGAAAUCAGGAUGGCGUUGGCAAGCCAUGGAGGAUUGUCUUAUACUGAGUCGCUCAGCCGAGCAUUGGACAUUGAGGCAGCAAUGCCGGGCGAAAGACCAGCAUCUAUACCUAUGCCAGCACUUCCACAUAAUCAGAAUCAUGAUCAGAAUUUCAAAGGAAAGGGAAAAUGGGACAAUAGUAACUCGGGCCAAGCCGAGAAGAGGCCAUGGCAGGGGCAGACUUUCCCGUCACAGAGCUAUGGGGGUCAGAGUGCAUCAAAACAGAUGGGAAAUAGCCAGCAAAGAACUCCACCUUGCCCCAGAUGUAACAAAAGUCAUGUGGGAAUCUGUAAGGCUGGCAGCGAUAGUUGCUAUAUCUGCAACCAGAAAGGGCACUAUGCCAACUGGUGCCCGAAUAAGCAACACGGGACGGGUCCAAGGCCGAACCCACCUAUUCAGGCUCCGCAUCUGCGAGCAAUCCAAGCUCUGCCCCAACCACACCCAGGGCAGCAGCCACAGUAUCAGCAGCCACAGCAGCACCAACAGUUACCGUAUCAACCACAACCUCAACGACCGUAUCAGCAACAGGCUCGCCAGCAACAACAUCGACAACAGAAACAACAUGAAGGGCCUCGUUAA